GAAACUAUCCAGUCAACUAUGCACUGUCUGAGAGCACUGCGCCUGGCAAACUCUGCACAACUUAUCGGCAAAAAUGUAGAUGCUGCAAAAAGGGUUUUCCUCAUUCAUCCAGCAUGUUGUCUGGGCACAAUAUCAAACAAAUCCCAGAGAAGGAGCCCGCCUGCACACUUGGAUCAGCUGCAGCCCAAACUAAAUAUGCAUUCAAAGACCCCCAGCUCUGGAGUAGAAGACAUGCUUUUCUACACCAUCACCGAAGGGAGGGAGCAAGUUCCCAUUUCAUUUUUCAUUUCAGCCCUGAAGAAAACUGGCCUUCAUCCAUCUGACCCCCGUCUGAGGGAGUGCAUGGGAAAUCUUCGACGGGUUGUGAGGGAAUCUGUUGGGGAGGUUAUGAUGGACAGGGACCUUUUCCACAGGUGUGUAGGUGGAAACAUCCUGCUGAUUCAGGCCUUCAGGAAGAAAUUUAUCAUUCCUGAGUUUGACAUGUUUGCCAAAAAGAUACAUGAAAUCUACAACAGAGUGCAAAAGCAAACUGAUGGCCAAGUUGCAAACUACAUCCCUCAGCUGGCCAAGUUCAGUCCAGACCUGUGGGGUGUAUCUUUGUGUACAGUGGACGGCCAGAGGCUCUCAGUCGGUGAUACGAAGCAGCCGUUCUGUCUUCAGUCCUGCGUGAAGCCUCUGCAGUACGCCAUCGCCGUCCAUGAGGCAGGAACAGAGAAGGUCCACCGCUACGUUGGCAUGGAGCCCAGUGGGCUCAAGUUUAACAUGCUCUCCCUCGAUGACGAAGAUAAGCCCCAUAACCCUAUGGUGAAUGCCGGAGCCAUAGUGAUCAGCUCUCUUAUCAAGCCUUGUACAAAUAAGGCAGAGAAGUUCGACUAUGUAAUGGAUUUUGUGAAAAAGAUGGCAGGCCAAGAAUAUGUGGGAUUCAGCAAUGCCACGUUCCAGUCAGAAAAAGAAACGGGCGACAGAAAUUUUGCCAUUGGAUACUACAUGAAAGAGAAGAAGUGUUUUCCUCCGGGGGUCGACAUGAUCGAUGCCCUAGAUUUCUACUUCCAGCUUUGCUCCAUUGAGGUGAACUGUGAGUCCGGAAGCAUCAUGGCUGCCACUCUGGCCAACGGAGGGAUCUGUCCAAUCACAGGCGAGCGUGUCCUGAGUGCCGAGGCAGUGAGAAAUACCUUGAGUCUCAUGCAUUCAUGUGGCAUGUACGACUUCUCAGGCCAGAUGGCUUUUCAUGUGGGCUUGCCUGCCAAAUCCGGGGUGUCUGGUGCCAUUCUCUUGGUGAUCCCUAGCGUCAUGGGAGUCCUGUGUUGGGCUCCUCCACUGGACAGGGUUGGAAACAGUGUCAAGGGAAUACACUUCUGUCAGGAGCUGGUGUCAUUCUUCAAUUUCCACAAUUAUGAUAACCUGAGGCACUUUGUGAAGAAACAGGACCCACGUAGAAAGUCUGGAGAUGACAGGAACAAAGCUGUUUUCAACUUGAUGUUUGCUGCCUAUAGUGGAGACGUGUCAGCCUUAAGAAGGUUUGCAUUGUCUUCGAUGGACAUGGAUCAGAAAGACUAUGAUGCUCGGACAGCGCUUCAUAUCGCUGCAGCUGAGGGUCACAUAGAGGUGGUGAAGUUUCUGACUGAAACCUGCAAAGUUGAUCCUUUUACAAAAGACAGGUGGGGAAACCUCCCAAUAGACGACGCCAUGCAGUUUGGACACGACGAGGUGGUGGCGGUGCUCAAAGAUUACCAGCAGGUCUACGGGCAGCACAGUGAAACGCAGCAGUCCACAAAGCUGGGCGCCAUCGAGGACAUGGUGUGAGAAAACAGGCAGAAAACACAAAGCUAAAUUUAACCCACUGGUUUGGUUUCUCACACUGAGAUGCGCAGACCAAAAUAUCAAACAGGAAAAUACAGCACAAACAACAGGCAAAUACUUCAAGGCAAUGAAAACAGCAGGUUUGUAUGAGCAGUACCAUGCAAACAGGCUACAGUAGAUAUCAACUCAGGGCUGCCUUUUGUUUCUGCUUCAUAACCUGCUUGUAUUUUGUGUUUUGCUGUCAACUUUCUUUUAUUCUUGAGAAAAAUUGAACCCUUGCAAUGUGUCAGGCUAUGUGAUAUGUUCAGGUGGAAACAUUAAAGUGUGAAUUAUGUAGAAGAAAAUGAAGUUGGAAUAAUGGGAUAAUUUGGGAUGUAUUGUAUUAUUGUGCUCUUAAGUUGUAUAUAUAUUUAAUUCAUUUCUAAUAAAAGAUAGAUUGCUACAUUAUUUUAGAAAUUGUCAUAACUCUGAUGCAAAUGUCAACUUAGCAUGAACAUGAAAUACCCAGUAGUAAUUAAUUAUGUAAAAUAUUUUUGUGCACAAAGACAUCUGCAUAGUGUAUUUAAUUUA